GUGCGGUCGUGCAAUAGGAAGCCGAGGGCGGUGCAAGCUUCCUGUCGGGCAGCAGCUACCUGGCCCAGCGCCCUGCCCAGGGCAUUCCUCAGACAAAUCCUGGGCCCCCACCUGCGGCUCCCCGGAGCCCUCCUCUCGCGUCGGCCAUGCCUCUAAACCGCACUUUGUCCAUGUCCUCAUUGCCAGGACUGGAAGAUUGGGAGGAUGAAUUCGACCUGGAGAACACAGUGCUCUUCGAGGUGGCCUGGGAGGUGGCCAACAAGGUGGGCGGCAUCUACACGGUGCUGCAGACGAAGGCGAAGGUGACCGGGGAUGAAUGGGGCGACAACUACUACCUGGUGGGACCGUACACGGAGCAGGGCGUGAGGACCCAGGUGGAACUGCUCGAGCCCCCGACCCCGGCCCUGAAGAGGACCCUGGAUUCCAUGAACAGCAAGGGCUGCAAGGUGUAUUUCGGGCGCUGGCUGAUCGAGGGGGGCCCGCUGGUGGUGCUCUUGGACGUGGGGGCCUCAGCCUGGGCCCUGGAGCGCUGGAAAGGGGAGCUGUGGGAAACAUGCAGCAUCGGGGUACCCUGGUACGACCGCGAGGCCAACGACGCCGUCCUUUUUGGCUUCCUCACCACCUGGUUCCUGGGUGAGUUCCUGGCCCAGAGCGAGGAGAAACCACAUGUGGUCGCACACUUCCACGAGUGGCUGGCGGGCAUCGGACUCUGCCUGUGCCGUGCCCGGCGACUGCCUGUGGCUACAAUCUUCACCACCCACGCCACGCUGCUGGGGCGAUACCUAUGUGCUGGUGCUGUGGACUUCUACAACAACCUGGAGAAUUUCAAUGUGGACAAGGAAGCAGGUGAGAGGCAAAUCUAUCACCGCUACUGCAUGGAGCGGGCAGCAGCCCACUGCGCUCAUGUCUUCACUACCGUGUCUCAGAUUACUGCCAUCGAGGCUCAGCACCUACUCAAAAGGAAACCAGAUAUCGUGACCCCCAAUGGACUGAAUGUGAAGAAAUUCUCUGCCAUGCAUGAGUUCCAGAACCUCCAUGCUCAGAGCAAGGCUCGAAUCCAGGAGUUUGUGCGGGGCCAUUUCUAUGGGCACUUGGACUUCAACUUGGACAAGACCUUGUACUUCUUUAUCGCGGGGCGCUAUGAGUUCUCCAACAAGGGGGCUGACGUUUUCCUGGAGGCUUUGGCCCGGCUCAACUAUCUGCUCAGAGUGAACGGCAGCGAGCAGACAGUGGUUGCUUUCUUCAUCAUGCCGGCCCGGACCAACAAUUUCAAUGUGGAAACCCUUAAGGGCCAAGCCGUGCGCAAGCAGCUUUGGGAUACGGCCAACACGGUGAAGGAGAAGUUUGGGAGGAAGCUUUAUGAAUCCUUGCUGGUGGGAAGCCUCCCAGACAUGAACAAGAUGCUGGACAAGGAGGAUUUCACCAUGAUGAAGAGAGCCAUCUUUGCCACGCAGCGGCAGUCGUUCCCCCCUGUGUGCACCCACAAUAUGCUGGAUGACUCCUCGGACCCUAUCUUGACCACUAUCCGGAGAAUUGGCCUCUUCAACAGUAGUGCCGACAGGGUCAAGGUAAUUUUUCACCCGGAGUUCCUCUCCUCCACGAGCCCCCUGCUCCCCGUGGACUACGAGGAAUUUGUCCGUGGCUGCCACCUUGGCGUCUUUCCCUCCUAUUACGAGCCUUGGGGCUACACGCCAGCUGAAUGCACGGUUAUGGGUAUCCCCAGUAUCUCCACCAACCUCUCCGGCUUCGGCUGCUUCAUGGAGGAACACAUCGCAGACCCCUCGGCUUACGGCAUCUACAUUCUGGACCGGCGGUUCCGCAGCCUGGAUGAUUCCUGCUCGCAGCUCACCUCCUUCCUCUACAGCUUCUGCCAGCAGAGUCGGCGGCAGCGCAUUAUCCAGCGGAACCGCACCGAGCGCCUCUCCGACCUUCUGGACUGGAAAUACCUAGGCCGGUACUACAUGUCUGCACGCCACAUGGCACUGGCCAAGGCCUUUCCAGAACACUUCACCUACGAGCCCCACGAAGCUGACGCAACCCAGGGCUACCGCUACCCACGGCCAGCAUCAGUGCCACCAUCGCCUUCGCUGUCGCGCCAUUCGAGUCCACACCAGAGUGAGGAUGAGGAGGAACCGCGGGAUGGACCACCUGAUGAAGACGGCGAGCGCUAUGACGAGGACGAGGAGGCCGCCAAGGAUCGGCGCAAUAUCCGCGCCCCCGAGUGGCCUCGACGCGCCUCUUGCACCUCUUCCACUAGCGGGAGCAAGCGCGGCUCCGUGGACACAGGGCCAUCCAGCUCACUCAGCACCCCCAGCGAGCCCCUCAGCCCCGCCAGCUCCCUGGGAGAGGAGCGCAACUAAAACCCCAGCCCCACACUCCCAGCCAGCCUUGCUUCCCUUAUCCAGAGGGUGGCUGCAGAAUGGCGCUGUUUCUAAACUCCACUCCAGAUCCCCAACUCUCUGUGGGGUCCACGGCCCCACCACCUCCGCCAUACACUCCAGCCCCUCUCGCCUCUCCUUUGGAAUCCUCAAUACUCCGGAAUCCACAACACUGUGCCUUUCUUGGGUUCCAGAAUGCAUAAUCUGUGCCCUGGAGUCCCCUCCCCACCCCCACCCACCUGGCCUGAGUCCCAGAGGCCAGGGAUAUGCCAUUAUUACCCUGCUGUGGUGCCAGAGGUUUUCAGAAACCUGCUCUGUUGCCUUCUGUGCUGAGGCUCCUAAGCCCUUUGAGGCUUGCUCCUUCUGCAGCAUUCAGAACCUGCCACGCUCAGGCCUGACCUGGGGGCCGCCAAGCACUGGAAACCACGUGGCGUCCCUUCUAAUGAGACAAUCAAGUCCAGAGCUGGGGCACUUUCAGGGACUUAACUGAUCUCAGGCGCUCCAUUUGGACUCUAGGACUCGGGCUCCAGGCCAGUGCCCUCGUGUUUACUCUGAUCUUGAUCUAGCCCUCUCUGGGUGUUGGGCUCUGCCUGGAGGAUCUCCCCCCCCCACUUCCUCCCUACUUUGGUCAGGCAAGUUGGGGCAGGAGCACUUGGCUUCUCAUUCCUUCUGGAGAACAUACUGACAUUGGCCUGGAUGCCUUUCUGGCCUUUUCUGGACCAGGCCCUACUCCGUCCCUGAGUCUGAAUGCUUGCCCAUAUUUCUAGACUCCUGUGCCCUGCGGGAAAUCCCUCUGCUGAGGACAAGUGUCUCUCUCCCCCUGCACCCUUCCCCCCCUACCACAAGCCCUGUCUGCUAGAUGCAUCGCAUCAUGAAACCACUGGGUUCUAGGUCCCGGCUGUCGGAUCUAGAACCUUGCCGCUGUGCUGCCUCCUGAUCCCUGCCCCCUGGUCUAGAACUCGACCCACUGGAUUCUAGAUCCUCCAUAUUUACCUCGAGGCUCUUCCAUCCCAAGCUGUGCCUGACCCCCAGCUUUGGUGAGAGGGAGGGGCCCCUCACGUGUGCUGUGCUGUUUCUGCUGCACUUGGUUUGCAGUUGGGGGGGGGAGGGCGGAAGGGUUGCGAUUGAAGUGUGUCCAGAGAUGAAAAAAAUACAUCUAUAUUUAAGAAUA